UCUAUUAGACUAUUUUGGUUUAUUAGUAUAAAUACUAUCACCAGUUUCAACUUUUCUCUAAAGAAACAUUCAUUGUCUUACAAAUACAAUCAACAUGAUUUUCACAAUAAUCUUAUGCUGCAUGGUUGGUCAGUAUUUUGCUGCAACAACCAUGAACCCAACCACAAAACAUCACGCACACCACCAUACUGGUACUCACCCAACGCAUGCGCAUCGUACUCGCCCAACAGUGGAACAUUGGGUAUCUGAUUCGUUUGUAUUUAGAUAUGAUCCAAAUACGCACUUGAUGCUUGCAUCUCAACACCAGAAAUGUUUCAUCUACACAAUGAAUGGGCAGGAAUCUACAGAAGUACACACACCACAUGGUCUUCAUGAACUUGAGAAAUCGAUCAUCACUAUCAUAGAUGCAUAUAUAUAUGAUACAUCAAGAACAUUUAUUACCAUGUCACAGGAUGCCGUAAUGGCCGCCAGUAAAACAUUUGCGCAUCUAUGCAACAAAAAUGGAACAACAACAUUUAAAUUGAAUUAA